UCCCUUAGCAGCUACUACUACGAAGUCGACAGCUGCCCCAUGAGAAGCUGCGGAAACCUUACAGUAAACCUCUCGUGUUUCACAUGCCGUCAAACUGCGAUUAAUCGUUGUAGUGCGUCAAGACGGUUGUUACAUAUCACGUGCGCGUCCAUUGUCGCCUAAAUAGUCAUGGAGGAGGAGAACGUCGCCCCAGACAACGGCAACUGCGACGACCCAGAUCAGGAAGAUCAGGAGAACGACGCCUCCUUGAGAGCGGUAGCUGCCCAGAAGAGCGCCUCCUUCUACACCGAUGCCGCCGCCUACUGGGACAAAAUCCCUCCCACCGUCAACGGGAUGCUGGGAGGCUUCGCCCACAUCUCCGCGGCGGAUAUCAGCGGGUCUGACCUCUACCUGAAGGGCGUGUUCAAGAUGAAGAACCCCCCGGGGCACGGGCGCGCCGUCGACUGCGGGGCGGGCAUCGGGCGCAUCACGAAGUACCUGCUGCAGAAACAUUUCGGAAAGGUGGAUUUAGUCGAGCAGUGUCAGAAUUUCAUCGAUCGGGCCAAGGAGAACUUCAAAGGCUCCAAGAAAAUCGGGGAGUUCAUCUGCCUGGGGCUCCAGCACUUCGCCCCCGCCCCGAACACCUACGACGUCAUCUGGUGCCAGUGGGUGUUGGGGCACCUGACCGACGAAGACCUCGAAAGUUUCUUCGUCCGGAUGGGAGAAGGGCUGAAGCCCAACGGCGUCAUCGUGGUCAAGGAAAACGUGACGUCGUCCGGGGACGUGGAGCUGGACGAAGAAGAUUCCUCCGUGACCAGAUCUGAGCAGCUGCUGCUGGAGAUCAUCGAGCGAACGGGGUUGAAAGUGCUCAGGAACACGAAGCAGUCUAACUUCCCUAAAGGACUGUAUGAAGUGAAGAUGAUGUGUCUUAAACCCAAAAAUUCCUUGAAUUAAGUCAUUUAUGACCUCUGUGGCAUACUGCAAAUUAGUAUAUUUUGGUUUUAGGUGUAUUUAUGACUAACUAGAAAUGCAUCAUACAAGAUAUUCCAUUACCUUGAGGUUAAUAGUUAUAGGCUAACAGGGAGUAAUUAUUUAGCUCCGCAUGUAUUAGGAAAGAGAUUGUAAUUAGGCUAUUGCCUACAGUUUUGUAAUGUCCACAGGCUACAAAAUUGUAGAGAAUGGAUUACAGUACCUUUUUAGGUUAUAGUAUUAGUUUAAUGUCAUACCAGUAUUAGGCUAGCCAUGUUUAUCAAGUCUUUUAAAUUGGUACGGAAAUCAUUUUGAAUGCCCAUAUCAAUCACAGUUUUAAACUGCAUAUUUAGCAUAGCUGCCAAUAUACCAAGAAUCGAACUCGUGACCACCGAGGUGGGAUGCCAACACACUACCAACCACGCCACUGAGGCGCGCCUUGAAGUGGAGUGAG